UCCUCCUCUUAAAAACUAGGUGUGUCUUAUGGUCAGUCGUGUCUUAUAAAGCAAAAAAUACGGUAGUUCUGCACCUUAUUGUAAUAGGUCCACAUAGGGUGAAGGCUGAGGUUUCCCUGGAGUUAUGCUGGUUAGGGGGCUAGGAUUGCAGGUGGAGAAUCCUGGUUGUGAAUUUGUAUCUAAUGCAGGCAGGCUUCUGGAAAUGGGAGAUCCUGGGGAAAGAGAAUGGGCGGAGGGACUGGUUUGCCAACUAAAGUGGUGCAUGCAAAAAGCAAGUGGGCAGUAACUCCCCACUGAGUAAAUAUCUGUUGCUGUCGGAGCAAAGCAAAAGCAGAGGCUCACCAAAGGAUGUGCCCUUGAUCACAGCCAUGGCCUUGCUCACUGGAGAGGGGCCAGUGGAAGGCCGUGAUUAUCAUUGUCUUAGACUUGUGAUGAGAUAGUGUGUGUAUCACAGCGAUGCAGGUUGAGUACUUAAAAAUACUGCACUUGCGGAAUGACCAGCAAGCCCCUUUUAGAAGAGAUACUGGUGGGGAAGGUCCCAUCUUCUUUGGAGGCCAGGUAGGGUGGGAAAGUAGCAGCAUGUGUUCCGUGGUGCACCCAGCGGGCAGCUGGGACCUGGAUGGGUGGGCAGCUAAUAGUUGGGCUAUUUUGAAACUACUGCAAACAUCAUUUAGGCUAGCUUUUAAAUUUGAUAUUGCUGUUUUGCCAUUUGCUAUUAUAAAGCUGUAGUUUUAGAUGGCCGGGAGAAAAUCGUUGAUUAGAUGGAGACAUUAAAUUUAGGAACCAAUUAACCUGGGCAUCCUGCUUUGCUGGAGAACAGGCUGAAUGUUCAGAAACCAGAAUGAGCAUGAGAAACUGCGUUAAUCCCAAGUCUUACUGGUCUAGCUCAGUAUUUUCUGUGCUGACUGACAGGAAUUCAACUCGGCAUAUUUUACAGCCCUUCCUGGAGACUUUCUGCGUGCCUUACCAUAGAGCAUGACCCUUCUCUGCAGCCAUUAGUUCCCUCUUGCCACUGGAGGUUUCACUGUCGGUUGUGUAUCUACAGAAUAUGUGUGUACAAGGUCUGCUCAAAGACUGAGGUGUGGAUUAUGGAGCAAAGUGUUCUGGCUUACUGCCUUCACUAAUUCCGCUCUGGGCAUUUGCGUGUGCUCACACUGCCAGGUUUUAACAGGCUACCUAUUGUGUGCAGAUGCCCAGCCAUAUUUGUGUAAAGAGAGAGCUUUUCCAGGGGCAGGGGCAGAGAUGGUUAGGUGCAGCCUGUGGGGGGAGAGAGAAAGCAUGAUUUAUUAUUGGCUAAUGUUUGUAUUCUCCUGUUUUCCAUAUAGCUCAGGGCAGUGUAGUUGGAUCUUUUCCUCUGCAUAUUAUGUCCUUGCAGCAGACAUUGGGGGGCAGUGCUCGGGCCAGCUGAGACAGAACAAAGUCUUGCAACUCUCAGCAUUCACCAUCCAAACGUGCACAGGGUUGGGAUCAGCCCAAGAUGAUUCAGUGGCUGAAUGAAGAUGAGAAUCUGCUGUGCUUCCCUUGCCUGCACCCUAGGAAUGACUUUCACCACACUGUGAUUUUGAUAAUAGACUUCUUUUUGAUGAAAUUGCAAUUGAAAUACAAACUGAUUUGAAUACGUAACUUUUUAAUUGAAGCCCUGAUGAUGUAGUCAUUGUCAAGGUAAUAGCUUUAAAACAAAAACUAUUAAUGCUUUGAACUGAUACUAACUGGCUCUUUAGUUGUGGCUUUUAGUGCCUGAAAAGCAGGCCAAUAAAUAGCUUUCUAGCCCUGGGGGCAGAAGUGGGAAAGCUCUGUGGUGUAGCCCUAUUAGAGAGACAAGGGUAGUGGGCACUUUGGCUCUCUGUUGUCUCAAAGAGAACUUCUAGGCGACUUGUGGUUUGUUCCAUAAGCAAAAAUGGUUUGGUUGUCUACGCUUGCUGUAGAUCAAAGCAAGAUAAGGAGUUAGGUGGCAGGUACCUGGAAGGAGACAGCAGUAAGUGGCAAAACAUGAAAGAUUUUUAAUUUUACUUUAUGUCCCAAUGCCAUCAGUUGGCAUCAUAGGCAGGUGGAGAGCGGCUCAAGUUACAUUGAAGCCUAAAUCAUUCUUUCCAGUCCGUCCUUUUACCUGUUUUCUAACAGGGCUCAGAAGGAGAAUUGUUACUUCCUCUCGCAGUUGCCCAUCCCUCCUUCAGCAUACCUACCUAGCUUUGAAAUUUCGGAAUUGCAUUAGGAAACUCCCCUAAAUGAGUUGGUCACACGACUCAAAUUAGUUUUGCUAUUCCUUUUGUACUCUGCAAUAAAUGAAGGGGUAAAUGAUUUCUUUGUUGAGUACCUGGAAUGAUUUGGAUCCAUGGUUUUCUUGUCUGUCUGCAGCAAAAAUGGCUCAAGCAGCUAUGGCGGCAGCAUCUGGCCACGAUGAAGACUCAUCGGAAAGCAGAAUGGUUGUCACCUUCCUCAUGUCGGCCCUUGAGUCAAUGUGCAAAGAGCUUGCCAAGUCCAAGGCAGAAGUCGCCUGCAUUGCUGUGUAUGAAACAGAUGUGUUUGUGGUGGGAACUGAAAGAGGAAGAGCCUUUGUCAACACAAGAAAAGAUUUUCAGAAGGAUUUUGUGAAGUACUGUGUUAAUGAAGAGGCGAAGGCUGCAGAACUGCAGAAAAUGAAAUCAACAUCGCUUGAUAAUAGGAUGACAGUGGAUAUUGUGGAAAUGGAAGCCCUCAGGAAGUCUGUGGAAGACUACUUCUGCAUUUGUUACGGAAAAGCUUUAGGGAAACCUACUGUUGUUCCCGUGCCGUAUGACAAGAUUCAAAGGGACCCGUCUGCAGUGGUGGUGCACGGCCUCCCAGAAGGACUUGCAUUCAAGCAUCCCACCAACUAUGAUGUCACAACACUGAAGUGGAUUCUGGAAAACAAAUCUGGGAUCUCCUUUGUCAUCAAAAGGCCUUUCCUUGAGCCAAAGAAACAGUUAGGAUCUCGAAUGGGAGACUCCACACACACAAUAACAUCCCCAGGUGGAAGUUGCACUGCCAUCCAGGUGAAGACUGAGCCCAGUGAAGAAGCUGGGCUCGAGGUGGUAACAGUUAAAGAAGAAUCAGAGGAUCCCGAAUAUUAUCAGUUUAACAUUCCAGGUCCUUCAGAAACUUCGGCGAUUGAUGAGAAAAUCGCCAUGGCAAAGUCUUACACAGGGAGCACCCAUUCCGAUUGCAGUGAAGGAACAGAUGUGGAAUUGCCCGUAGAAGAUUCUUCUCAACAUGCCACUUCUGAAACAAGUGAGGAUCCUGAAGUGGAAGUGACCAUUGAAGACGACGACGACUACUUGCCACCCCACAAGAAGACAAAGAGCGUCGAGCCACCCAACGAUACUGCCAAUGCUGGGAGAAGAAAAGCUAGAGAGUUCAAUUUUGAGAAGUGGAAUGCCCGAAUUACAGACUUGAGAAAGCAAGUUGAAGAGUUAUUUGAAAGAAAAUAUGCUGAAGCUAUUAAUGCAAAAGGCCCAGUAUCUAUACCGUAUCCACUCUUCCAGUCUCAUGUUGAAGAUUUGUAUGUGGAAGGACUGCCAGAAGGCAUUCCCUUCCGAAGACCCUCCACUUAUGGGAUCCCACGCCUCGAAAGGAUUCUUUUGGCGAAGGAACGGAUACGAUUUGUAAUUAAGAAACACGAAUUACUGAAUUCCACACGAGAAGAUCUGCCAUUAGACAAGCCUGUUGCAGGAGUGAAAGAAGAGUGGUAUGCUCGCAUCACCAAACUAAGGAAGAUGGUCGAUCAGUUGUUUUGCAAAAAAUUUGCUGAGGCACUGGGGAGCACUGAGCCAAAGGCUGUCCCUUAUCAAAAAUUCGAGGCUCAUCCGACUGAUCUUUACGUGGAGGGGCUGCCAGAGAAUAUUCCCUUUCGGAGCCCGUCCUGGUACGGAAUUCCACGGCUGGAGAAAAUCCUUCAAGUGGGCAACAGGAUAAAAUUUAUAAUAAAAAAGCCAGAACUACUAACAUUCACUCCCACAGAGAUCACUCAACCAAGAACAAACAUGCCUGUCAAAGAAGAUUGGAAUGUCAGGAUCACAAAGCUGAGGAAGCAAGUAGAAGAGAUAUUUAAUCUGAAAUUUGGACAAGCACUGGGUCUCAGUGAAGCAGUGAAAGUCCCUUACCCUGUGUUCGAGUCGAACCCAGAGCACUUGUAUGUCGAAGGCUUGCCUGAAGGCAUCCCUUUCCGAAGUCCCACCUGGUUUGGAAUUCCUCGGCUGGAAAGAAUUGUCCGUGGGAGUGGAAAAAUCAAAUUCAUUGUAAAGAAGCCAGAACUUGUCACCUCUUACUUGCCUCCUGGAUUGGCUAGUAAAGUGAACACUUCGGGAUCACAGAGUCCGAACAGCUCAAGCUCUGUCCGAAGUCCUGUAACCAACUCCAAGAUUCCAGAGAUUGAAGUUACGGUGGAUGAAGGUCUUGCUAAUAAAACGGCAACACCAGAAGUCAGAACAAAUCCUCAAACCAAUGGAUCCAAUGUGGGUUUUAAGCCAAGGGGAAGAGAAUUUUCUUUUGAGGCCUGGAAUGCCAAGAUCACUGACCUGAAACAAAAAGUUGAAAACCUCUUUAAUGAAAAAUGUGGGGAAGCCCUUGGACUGACGGAGCCUGUGAAAGUCCCGUUUGCCCUCUUCGAGUCGUACCCUGAGGAUUUCUACGUCGAAGGCCUUCCUGAGGGGGUGCCAUUCCGCCGCCCAUCUACAUUUGGUAUUCCAAGAUUGGAAAAGAUACUUCGAAACAAAGCUAAGAUAAAAUUUAUCAUUAAAAAGCCUGAGAUGUUCGAGGCGGCAAUCAAAGAAAGCGCCACGGCCAUUCCGAGUCCUCAAAGAAGAACCAGUCUGUCUAACACCGUCAUAAACACUGUAACGGUGCCCGACCCAGUGGUGAACACCGCUGCAGGGGUGGAGGAUCUGAACAUCAUUCAAGUCACCAUACCAGAUGAUGACGAAAGAACUUCCAAAGUGGAGAAGGCCCGACAGCUGAGAGAACAAGUGAACGACCUGUUCAGUCGGAAGUUUGGGGAAGCCAUUGGCAUGGGGUGUCCCGUGAAGGUCCCUUACCGAAAGAUCACAGUCAACCCUGGCUGCGUGGUGGUGGAUGGAAUGCCCCCGGGGGUGUCCUUCAAAGCUCCCAGCUACCUUGAAAUCAGCUCCAUGCGGAAGAUCCUGGAUUCAGCAGAGUUUAUUAAAUUUACCGUCAUCAGACCAUUCCCUGGACUCGUGAUGAACAACCAAAUUGUUGAGAAAGCAGAAGCAGAAGCGCCAGCACCAGCUGUGCCAGUCCCUGAGCCGGGGGUGCAAGAGCCAGUUGAAUCAGACCAAAUUGUACAAGUUUCUGUGGAGGAAGAUUCGGCACAGACUGAAGAAAAUACUCAGAUCAAGCAAGAGCCGGAUCCUACGUGGUAGACGUCGCUGCCAUUGGGGUAAAAGAUAGUCCUAAAGGAAAUGGAGCAGUGGGUGGUACUAAGAUGCUUUUCUAGAUAGAAGAUGGACCCUCAUUCUCGCAGUGAAUGCAAACGUACAAGCCAGCGUCCACUUACAUUGGCCUGCAACUGUAGAUGACUCAACUUGGCAGCAUCCCUGUUGUGGUCUUGAGAUCGUGUUCAUUCUCUCCCUGGGCCGCUUUGUUUAAUUUUAGCCAAGCUAAACCUUUAGAGCAACAAAAGCCAAGUGACAUGGGUGAAACAUGUACAGCAUCAGAGACGUCGAGUUAUUCAUUAUUUUCAUAGGACUUCCUGCCACAGUCUAUUUAACUUCAACCUUUGCCCUUUUGUUUUUCCUCCUCCCUCUCUAGUCAAAAGCAUCCCGGAAUUGCGAAGAGCUUGCUGGGACGGCCCUUGGCUGUGUAAUAUAACUGUAUAAGAGAAGUACCUUUUAUUCAUCCUUCCCUGUCCCCACCUGCUCGCUCUCUCUCUCUCUCUCUCUCUCUCUCUCUCUCUCUCUCGCUCUCUCUCGCUCUCUCUCUCUCUCCCCCCCCUUUUUUUUGUACUUUUUAGAUAGACAUGAUUAUUCUGUUCAAAAGUCCUAAGAAUUGACAUGAAGCAAUGAGUUGUCUUCACAAUCACUUAUAUUGUUUCCAAGUCCUAAUUGGCGGAAGAACUAAUGGACACUUGACUUACAAUUGUUAGUUUUUUGUUAAUUAAAUGCAACAGGGACUUGCAAAAACACCUGCCUCUCCAAGUUUAAACAGCCCCUAGACGCAUCUUGGCCUUUAUUGAGGAGAACCAUGCCUGCUGUUGUUCAGGUUUGAUUUUUAUCCCAAUGGGGGAAGCGAGGGUGGGAGGGGGAUUUUAAAUUCGUCUGCUGAAAGUUUUAUUUCUCUUUCUCCUUUAAUGGCUAAUUGGACAAUAGUAUCUGUAUAUUUGAAAUAAUUUUUUUCCUAUGAUAUAUCUCUCAACUCAUAUGUUUUUAAUAAAUAAAUAAAUACUGGUUUUCCUGACACCUGC